AUGGAACUUGAUGAACAAAGUCUUUUACAAUCCUUAAUAAAAGAUUCAUCUGAUGAAUCAAUACAUUCCAAUGAUUUAACAUCCUAUCUUCCUUAUCUUCAAACAUUAUUUACCUAUGAUACAGAACGUUUACAUCGUGAAUUAGAAUAUUUAAAUGAUGAAAAAUGUUCAAAAUCAUCUCAAAUGUUAUCAUUAACAUUUGAUAAUUAUUCGACAUUUAUUCAAACAGCUGAAUGUUCAAAAGAUAUUUCCAAUGAUUUUUCAACAAUUGAAGAACGUUUAACAAUAAUAUUAAAACAACUUGAUGAAUUUUCAUCAUGUUGUCAAACAUUUAUACGUGAAACUGAACAAACAAAUCAUUUACGCAAACAAAAUAUGUUUACAUUACAAAAAUAUCCACAAUUAUUAGAAAUAUUGGAAAUACCACAAUUAAUGAAUACAUGUGUACGAAAUGAUUAUUUUGAUGAAGCUCUUGAAAUUGUUACAUAUUGUAAACGUUUAGAAAGAAAGUUUUCUUUACCAUUAAAUAAAAUAACAUCAAAUACAACAUUACAUAUACCAAUUGUAACAAAUAUUGUUAAUGAUGUACGUUUAUCACUCGAAUAUAUGCUUGAACAAUUAAUAAAUCAACUGCAAACACAAAUACAAUUACCAGCUUGUUUACGUAUAAUGGGUUUUAUUCGUCGUAUGGAUAUAUAUAAUGAACUUGAAUUACGUCUUUGUUUUCUUCAAGCACGUACACAAUUUUUACAUAAACGUUUAAAUUUAAUUCAACAACAAUAUUCAUCAACAAAUGUAUCGGAUUAUUAUGAACAUGCAUCAAAAUAUAUUGAUGAAACACGUAAUAUACUUUUUGACAUUGUGACACAAUAUCGAGCAUUAUUUAGUGAUGAUGAUACAACAUUAUAUGUUACAUUUAAUCGAAAUGAAUUUAUUAAAGAAACGAAUUUAUUUCGUUCAUGGCUUAUUUAUCGUUUAAAUGAAUUUUUAAAAGUAUUACAAGUUGAUUUACAACAUUGUAGUGGUUCGCAAUAUCAACGGCUUGAAUCACUUCUUGGUCAAGUUAUGUAUUUUGGUGCAUCAUUUUCUCGUUAUGGUUUUGAUUUUCGACCAUUAUUUAUUCAAUUUUUUUCUCAAACAGCUUUAACAAAUUUUCAAAGUUCACUUCAUGAAGCUAAUCAUAUUUUUGAACAAUUACUUACUUCUUACACAUUUGAUCAUUAUGUUCAAUUACCAUCAACAGAUUCUUCAACAACAUCAACAAAUCCAUUUGUACCACCAAUUAUUCUUGUUAGUUAUACACCAUUAGCUGUUUAUUGUAAUACUAUACUUACAGCAUUUAAUGAUCUACGUCUUUGUUGUCCAUUAUCGACUGUUCGAACAAUUAAACAAUUUCUUACUGAUUCAUUAAUACGUAUAAGAAAUCUUUUAUCAACUUAUUAUAAUUCCGAAAAAAAUUUGAAAUCGGAACAUUUAUUUGCUAAUGAAUAA